AUGUGUAAGCAUAAUUUUGUUUUUGCAUCAUCUGCUCUUCAUGCCUUAUCUGUUGUUAAGUUUAAUGGGUUCAAUUAUAAUGAGUGGAGUAAGCAAGUCAAGUGUUACUUGGGUGUUCAAAAUCUCAACCUUACACUCAUGACAGAGAAUCCAAUUGAUCUCAUUGAGAACAGUACUGAUAAGGAAAGGUCUUUCCAUAAAAAAUGGGAGAGAUCGAAUAGAUUGAGCCUAAAGGCUUUAUGGAUGACAAUGGUGAGCAAAAUUAGGAUCUCAUUUCCUACCAUAAAAUAUGCUAGGGAAUUUAUUAGAUUAGCCAAAGUGACUUCUCAGUCUGAGGCCCCUGACAAGUCCCGUAUUGGGGCAUUAAUGAAUAGGUUGACCACCAUGAAAUAUGAUGGUUCUUGUAGCAUGUAUGAGCAUGUGACUGAGAUGUCAAAUAUAGCAGCAAGAAUUAGAAACAUGGGAAUGUAUGUAGACGAUAGUUUCCUUGUUUAG